AUGGGUGUUGAAAAUUACCAUGUAAUAGAGCUUGUUGGCGAAGGCUCUUUCGGGAAGGUAUACAAGGGAAGACGGAAGUACACGGGCCAGACUGUUGCAAUGAAAUUCAUUCUUAAACAUGGUAAAAGUGAGAAGGAUAUACAGAAUUUAAGGCAGGAAAUAGAGAUUCUAAGAAAGCUGAAGCAUGAAAAUAUAAUAGAAAUGCUAGACUCUUUUGAAAGCCCUCAAGAGUUCUGUGUUGUCACAGAAUUUGCCCAAGGUGAACUAUUUGAGAUUCUUGAAGAUGACAAGUGCCUUCCUGAAGAACAAGUCCAAGCAAUUGCGAAGCAAUUGGUGAGAGCAUUGUAUUACCUACACUCCAAUCGCAUAAUCCAUCGUGACAUGAAGCCACAAAAUAUUCUUAUUGGCGCUGGGUCUGUUGUUAAGCUUUGUGAUUUUGGGUUUGCACGUGCGAUGUCCACAAAUACUGUUGUUUUGCGAUCUAUAAAAGGCACCCCUUUGUACAUGGCUCCAGAGUUGGUCCGAGAACAACCUUACAAUCACACUGCUGAUUUGUGGUCUCUAGGCGUUAUUUUGUAUGAACUAUUUGUCGGUCAACCUCCAUUUUAUACGAAUUCGGUGUAUGCACUUAUCCGGCACAUCAUCAAGGAUCCAGUUAAAUAUCCCGACACCAUGAGUCCAAGUUUUAAAAGCUUCCUGAAGGGUCUGCUUAAUAAGGUUCCACAAAACAGGUUAACCUGGCCUGCUCUCAUUGAACAUCCAUUUGUAAAAGAAACUUCUGAAGAAGUGGAGGCCAGGGAGAUUCAUAAAACAAUUGCUGCUGCAAGGGGAUGUGACACAGCCUGGAGGGGUGAUAGAAACAUUCAGAUAUCUCCUGGAUUGGCUGUUGCAAUUCCUGAGAGUAAAAGCCAUUCUACUGCUGCUAUUGAAAAUGGAGUUCAGAGCCUUCAGAAUGAUCCUCAAUCUAAUAGUCCUAAAUCAACCACGGUCAAUUCUUCACCACAGGAUGAGCUCCCAGGAUUUUCAAGUCCCAGUGAUAUUGUGCCGUCAGGUGGCUCUGUCUUGGACAGACUAGAAAAUAACUCACGCACGGUUAAAGGUGCAAAAGUAAUUGGUCAAGAUAAUGAAGCCUUGUCGGAUAUUUUGCUACCACUCAAAAAUUGGUGUAAAGGAUCUCAAAGUUCUUGCAGGGAUCAGGAUAUUCUUUGUUCAAACCAGUCACUAAGAAUACUAUCAAAUUUAGUCACAGCUAGCGCUAUCACCUCAACUGGUGUACUUGAUGAACUUAUAAGUGAACUACUUAGAUUCACUGCCACUGUAAUUAACUGUAAAUCCUCUGAUGGUUAUGACUUGUUGGCAAAGAGCUUCUCGAUCAUCAAGAAGUUGGUAGAUAGCUGUGGAGGUGAUAUAGGGAAUUCAUACUUCAAGCAUUGGGUUGCCUUAGUAGAAUUGUAUUCACAGGUUGUUGGUUGUGCGGAUGAUGCUUUUGGAAGAGUUCUGUAUGAAUCAAGCACUUGCAUUACAGUCAUGUUAUCUCGAGUAUCACAGGGUCUCAAAACAUCUGCAGCUGCCUCAGCUCCUGAGACUUUUUCUGCUCCUCCUGUAAUUGAUAAAACUCUUAAACAAGUGCUGGAUCAUGCUAAGACAGCAGGUCUGGUGGACCUUUUGUGUUUGUGCCUAGCAACUUCAGGGUCAAGUCUUGUAGCAGGUUCUUCAAAUUUGUUGCGUGCUGCUUGUGAAGCCUGUAGGGCAACUUGGUCACUGAUAGAUGCAUAUGAAACUAUUUCUGUGAAUGAAAAUGCCUAUGUUUUUCCGCUAAACUUGUUACGGAGCCAUUCUUUACUCCAGCGAGAGACUAGAGGCCAUGACCAAGGUUCAAUGGGUGAAACAGAUUCAGCAAAAAUUGUUGAUACAGUGACAAGAGCAUUCCUCAGAUCCAAAGCCAUACAAGUUGCUAUAUACUACUGUAUUCAUCAACGUUUUGAGUCUGCUCUCUUCGCUGGCAUCCAGCUGAUCUUGAGAUGUUGCCUCCAUAGUGGAAUUGUUUCCAGUAUUCUAUGUGGUUUGCCUAGUUCUCUACCUGCUGCAACAGUUGUCAGUGGGGGAGGGGAUGGCACAAUUGUUUCAGAGAUCUUUGCCAUAAUAUCCAUUUGCACUUCUUCAAGCAAAGAUCCACAAACAGGAGAAACAAGUAACCUGAAAGGCAAAUUAGCCAAUCCACUUGUACUGGUUUUGCAUUCAUGCCUUAUCCUUGCUACUGUUGGACAAAGUCUGAAGUCAGCUGGAAGAAAUUCUGCUCUAUUUAUGCUUACAACAUCCUCAAAAAGGCAGCUUUCUCGGCUUUCCGUGCUUGCACACCAUUUUCCCUCUGAUGAUAUGGCACAACCUUCUUCUCAAACUUGUGCAUCUGCCAUGCUAGCUCUUGCAUCAAUCCUGUCCCUUGAAACUGGAGCUUCUGUUGAAUCUUCCAUCUCUGAAAACGCUCUGCCUUUAAUCCCCCGGACUGCUAUACUUUGCGACAACCUCAAGAUCUCAUCACCUGAUGAAAAUGGAGUGGGCCAUAUCAUGUUGAACGGUAUGCUCUCAUACUGGCAUGGCAUCAGAGAUGGGUAUGUUGGUUUGUUGGAGUCCCGACUGAGGUGGGGAGGACCAUUAGCCGAUCAACAGUUGUAUGCAAGUGGCAUUCCUCAGCUUCUCAUUGAUUUGUUGGCUAAUAACCCUCCAGAUUCUUCUCCCCAAGAAAAUGACUGUGCAAGAGAUCAAACUGGGCUAUCACCUGUUGGAGUUGUGUGGACAAUUUCCUCAAUAUGCCAAUGCCUUUCUGGUGGUGUUUUAGCUUUCCGUCAGAUCAUGCUUAGGAGUGAGCAUAUCAGGACCAUCUCUGAUUUGAUAUCUGAUGUACAUCUUAAGCUUGUGAGGUGCUGGGUUGGGCCUGGUGGAGGGAAGGAUGGCGUGAGAGAUACAAUAAAUCAAGUGAUUGAUCUCUUUGCAUUUCCUUUUGUAGCAAUACAGAAUGCCCCAGGUUUGACAUCUGCAACUGCUUCAGUGAACAGCGGGUUUCUUCUUAACAUGGGCUCACCUGGUGGGAGGAUUUGUGCUGAAGAUAAGGACAUGGUGAAAGCAAUAGAGUCGAACAUGGGAAAAUAUAUUCAAAUCCUUUUGGAGGUAGGAGUACCUGGCAUUAUUCUUCGGUGCUUAGAACAUAUGGACCUCAAAGAUGUUGCAAGGCCCGUUGCAUUUCUUGCUAAAAUGGCAGGGCAUCGACCUAUUGCAGUUCAACUUCUAGGUAACCGCUUGCUGGAUCCAAACAGAGUGAGAAGGUUCCUUGAUAGUUCUUGCCCAAGGGAGGUCACGCUGGAUGUUCUGAUGAUAGUGUCAGAUCUAGCCCGAAUGGAUAAGGAAUUUUAUGAAUACAUAAAUGGGGCAGAUAUCUUGGGGUUCUUGAAGAAUUUUCUUAUCCAUGAAGAUCCAAAUGUACGUGCAAAGGCUUGCAGUGCUUUAGGCAACAUGUGCAGACAUAGCUCCUACUUCUAUAACUUAUUGGCAAAGCAUCAAAUCAUAAGUCUCCUUAUUGAUCGAUGUGCUGAUUCUGACAAGCGUACCCGGAAAUUUGCAUGUUUUGCUAUUGGCAAUGCUGCCUAUCACAAUGACUUUUUGUACGAGGAGCUAAGAAGAUCCAUUCCUCAACUUGCGAAUUUGCUGCUUUCAGCUGAAGAAGACAAAACCAAAGCAAAUGCUGCAGGUGCACUGAGUAAUCUUGUUCGGAAUUCCAGCAAGCUGUGUGAAGAUAUUGUUUCAAAAGGAGCAAUGCAGGCUUUGCUGAAGUUGGUAGCAGAUUGUUCCAUAGUUGCUUUAAAUCCACCUCGGAAAGAUGCCAUAAAUGAAUCACCUUUAAAGAUUGCUCUUUUUUCAUUGGCCAAGAUGUGUGCACAUCCACCCUGCAAACAAUUCAUCCGCUCAUCAGAGCUAUUCCCUGUGAUUGGGCGCCUUCGACAAUCCCCAGAAUCGACAAUAGCUAAUUAUGCCUCUGUCAUCAUCAGCAAAACCUCUGAAGCUUGAGCUAAAAGCUGUUGAGGGCCAAAAUUUUAACACCACUUCCUUGGACUCUACUCAUCUGUAAUGGCAGUUCCAGGUGACAUCUUGGCAGAGGAUAGAGUUAAAAUAUUUCUUUCUUCGAGUGUAAAUCUAUGUAAGUAGUAUUAUCUUCUUUAUACGGAUAAAUUGUUAAACAGAGUAACACUUUGGUUCCUCAUAUACAAAAUUUUGGGGGGCUUUCUCUCGGCUUAUAUAUUUCCUUUUGCAAGCAUACAAAUACAUGUAUGCUGAAUGCCGUAGCAUUGACAUUGUUUGGCAGAACUCCAAUAUUUGGGAAAAACAUCAUUUGGC